AAAAACGAACAUCGGCAACGUAGACAUCUAGAAAAAUCUUCUUUAUCGACGUCGAUCAAGUUCCUUGACGUGUUUCACUUCACCUUAACGAAACCGGCAAAAGCAACAGGUGGACGAGGUUAUGUUGAAUAGUAACAGAGACAACUUACAGGAAUAAUUACAUCUAAGACGAAAAUAUGAUGGAUCCACCAGAGGAUUUUCCUUUUCCAUUUUCUCCAUACAAUAUUCAGAAAGAAUUCAUGAGGAACUUGUAUAUGUGUUUAGAAAAUGGUCAUUUAGGCAUCUUUGAAAGUCCGACAGGUACUGGAAAAUCUCUUUCGCUUAUCUGUGGAGCAGUGCGAUGGCUUCUCGAUCACGAAGAACGUCAGAAAAAUGAACUGGAGGAGAAAAUUCGUGAAUUAGAUAUCAAGUUAAAAGAGGCAGCAAAUAAAGUAACAGAUGAUUGGUUCUCGGUGCAGACUGGUCAGCUACAGGUAAACGCUGAGAAACAAGAAAUUCAAAGAAAAUUAGAUGCUAUCUAUAAGAAUGAAGAAAAGAUUAAAAAAUAUAAAGCACGGUCUAUGGCAGAAAGUAAAAAGAGUAAAAGGAAAUUUAUAGCCCUGUCUAAAGCGCCAAGUGCUUCCGAGGACGUUAAGCAGAUCCCAUCAGAAUCUGACACGAAAGAAACGUCUGAUGAUUUUGCUGAAGAGUUGAUUCUUGAUGAUGCAGCGAUUUUAUCAGAUAGUUCUGACGAAGAAGAUACAGACGAUGCACCGUUUAGAUGUAGUAAGAUAUUUUUCUGCUCUCGGACUCACUCCCAGCUUUCUCAGUUCGUCGGGGAAUUAAGAAAAAGUCCAUACGCAGAGAAAGUAUCGCUUGUACCGCUUGCUUCCAGAAACAAUUAUUGUAUCAAUAAAGAUGUGAAGAAACUGCGGAAUGGUAAUCUUAUAAACGAACGUUGUUUGCAACUGCAACGCAAGAAAACUACCACUAAGCAAGAAAAAACUUUAAAGAGAUCAAAGACGUUGACCUCUUGUCCAUUCAUGCCAGGAAAUCAAGAGUUCCUAAUUGCUCAGAUAUUAACUACUAUACAAGAUAUUGAAGACAUAACGGAAGUAGCUCGAUUGCAUAAAACUUGUCCAUACUAUGCAUCUAGAAAUUCUACACAAGAUGGCCAGAUUGUUCUAGUUCCUUACAAUAGUAUUUUACAUAAGAAUACAAGACUUAGUUCAGGAAUAGAUUUAAAAGGAAAUGUUUUAAUAAUAGACGAGGCACAUAAUUUAUUGGAUGCAAUUGAACGAAUGCACAGCGCCACUGUUACUGGCAGGAAUAUAUUGCAUUGUUACAGCCAGUUAUCUCAAUAUCAGAAAAGAUUUGAAGCAUUUUUUUCAGCCAAGAAUGUGUUGUACUUGAGCCAGCUAAGUUUCUGUUUAAAAAAAUUCAUCAAAGUAUUAGGUGGAUCAGUCAAAUCAAAUCCUGGAGAUAAAAUAGAUGAAAAUGUGUCUUCCAAAUUGUAUAAUAUUCAAGAAUUCGAAACAGUCGCCGAGAUCGAUACAAUAAACAUCUUUGAACUAUUACUAUUCGUAAAGAAUUCUAAAUUACCCCAUAAGUUGCAAGGAUAUAUAGAGAAGUAUAGCAGCGAUUUAAAAACUAAUGACAAGAAACCGGAGAAAUCUGGUAUAUUAGCAUAUCUGGAUACCCUUCGCAUAAAGAGUACCGCAUUAGAGGAAAUUCCUGUAAACGAAGAAGAAAAAAGUGAAGAGGAUCUAACUAGUAAUCCUUUGUUAUUAAUUAUUAGCUUCCUCGAAUGUCUGAAAAGUUCUUCCAUGGAUGGUCGAAUAAACUUCACGCCCGGUGCUACUAUAGGCCAAAGUGCAUUCAAAUAUUUUUUAUUAAAUCCAGCGGCUCAUUUUCAAGACAUAGUAACGGAUGCAAGAGCAGUUGUAUUAGCCGGAGGAACAAUGGAGCCGAUUUCAGAAUUCAAGGAACAAUUGUUUAUUAGUGCUGGUGCUAAGCCAGAACGAAUAGUAACAUUUAGUUGUGAUCACGUAGUUCCUAAGACAAAUAUCCAUACCAGUAUAGUGACUCGUGGUCCUGGCGGUCUGGAGUUCGAGUUCAAUUUUCAGAACCGAAACAAUACAAAAUUGCUAGAAGAACUAGGACGCGCACUUUUAAAUUUGUGUAACGUCAUACCAGCUGGCAUCGUAGUCUUUCUGCCAUCUUAUAAUUACGAAGCAACAGUGUACAAGCAUUUACAAGAUUCUGGGAUCAUAAGUAAAAUUUUGAAAAAGAAGCGUAUCUUCCGCGAGCCGAAACAAUCUUCCCAGGUAAAUCACGUUUUGGAAGAGUAUAGCAAAACUAUUAAGAACCCGAGCCAACCACAAAAUGGAUCGUUACUUUUUAGUGUUGUUGGAGGCAAAUUGAGCGAAGGAUUAAAUUUUUCGGAUGAUUUAGGAAGAUGUGUAAUAGUAGUUGGUAUGCCGUACCCAAAUGUAAAGUCGCUAGAAUUACAGGAAAAAAUGAGAUAUUUAAACGAAACUGUAAAUCCAGAAGCUGGAAAUACUUUUUACGAAAAUGCUUGCAUGAAAGCUGUGAAUCAGUGUAUCGGAAGAGCAGUGCGUCAUGUUAAUGACUAUUCCACUGUUGUUUUACUGGAUAAACGAUAUGCAAACAAAGUAAAAUCCCUUCCAGGAUGGAUCCAACGUACUUUAACUAUUGAUAAAUCCUUUGGAACUACAAUGGGCAGUGUCGCCAAAUUCUUUGCUAACAAAAAAAUGUCUGCUUCAAAGUCUUAAUAAAAGUAUAUCGGUUCUGGAACAUUUUAUUUGUCCCAAAGGAAUUACAAUAAUUAUAUGUACAUACAGUCUUACAUCACUUGAAACAAUAAUUCUUUAUAGUAAAUCACA